AUGGCGAAUUUGUCGACAGAUAGAAUAUCACCUGGUCCUCCAUUUACCAGUGUCGGAGUGGAUACAUUUGGACUAUGGGAGAUCACUGCACGCCGUACGAGAGGAGGGUUAGCUCAAGCUAAACGAUGGGCAAUCAUGUUUUCCUGCCUUGCUUCACGAGCCAUUCACAUUGAAGUUGUUGAAGAAAUGAGCUCCUCAUCAUUUAUCAACGCUCUUAGAAGAUUUGUUGCAGUAAGAGGACAUGUGAAAGAAUUUCGUUCAGAUCGCGGAACAAAUUUAUUGGAUCGACAGACAAUCUUGGAUUCCAUGCAGUUAAUGUUGAGGAUGGUCCUGUACAAAAGUUUCUUUUAG